AUUUCGUGUCAUCUAAUAAGCUGUGAUCGGCACUUUAUCGCGAAUCGUUGUGUCUACGUGAUAUCCUAUACUACUAUUUACGAGUCUUUUUGCUGUGGUUUCCGCCGCAUUGGAACUGUGCCGAAAGAAAGCGAACCACGGCUAGGAAUCCUACGCGAAAAGCAGACUUCGCCUUUUAAUUUGUUUGUGUUAUAGUUUGCCGUGUUUUCACUUUGGUCGUUGCAUAUUUAAACAGCAGCGCUGGAUCUAAUCGGUAAAUUGCAGCCAAAAGGCGGAAGGUCUGUGUCCAUCUAUGAUGUUAAGGAACGGGAGACUUCCACGGGAUUAAACCUUUCGGGCACGUAUCGUAGCCUAGUUCAACGGAGAGACGGCGCAAAUAUGGCAGGCUAUGAAAACCCGUCGGUAACGAAGCCAUCUAAUACACCGGGUUUGCUGCGAAGCAACAAUGGAGUAGGUGCGAAAUUUAAACUCAUACACGAAGGGGAUAUACAAGUGUGUCGUUUGAACCACAAUAACACCUUACUGAGCAAAAUAUUAAGCUCAAAAUUCUUACGAAAAUGGGAGUCCCAUCACGUCGUUUUGGCAGAGUAUCAUCUAUAUUCGACCACACCAUCUGGUUUUCUGGAGUACUCCAUACCAUACCAGGAUAUAGCUGAGGCUCAUGUGAUGGCCAGGUGGGACGCUGGACAACAUUUCUGCUUUCGUGUUGCCGUUCCUGAUGGAUCUGUUUUGUUCAAGACUUCGACUGCUUAUCUCAGAGACCAGUGGCUUCAUUCUUUAAAAUGGAAAGUCCAGUUACUUCGUUACAAGAAACUCAUUUCAAAAAUAGAAGAACCAGAACUACUUGUUAGAGAACUUAAGGAGUUAGUUUCAUACUCUUUGACGUGUCCUAUUCAAGAUGAAGCUGUAUUUCAAACCCCACUACAGAUAGUCUCCAUGAUACUGGCGCAGCACGGUUGUAGGAUAUCACUUAUCGCACAAGAAAGCAUCAUUCUCGCCUUAUCAAAGCUUCUUGACUACACUCAGCUUUCGCCAGAAAUUUGUAAAUUCUUUAGCAAGCAUUGUAAAGAUAGAUGUAACAACAAUGAUAUAAUGGAUAUAUUUGCCCCAGCGGUACAGAGAAUAUUAAAACACAACAUGCACUGUGACAUAUUACGCGGUGUUUUGCCCGUUACGGGUCUGGACUUCGGAAAGUAUCCACAUCUCCGAAUGUUCGUUCAAGAUUUUAUAUAUGCAAAAUACUAUCAAGGUGGUCAGGAGAAUCCCGAUGCUGUGAAGGAAUUUAUCUCGAGCAUCCAUAGCCCGGCAACGUUGUGUCCACACCCUCGAGUACUACCAAACAUGGUCGCUGUUGUUCUGGCUGGCGUCUACUCGUCUUUCGACAACAGUAGCAGCAAAUUGGAAGAACUCUGGGUCGCUGUGUGCGCCAAUGUUGACAACAAUACAGACCCGAAGCUAUUAAACCGUUAUACCAUUGAAAAUAUGGCUGUUCGUGAUAGAUUUCUGAAGUGCUACACGACUGUAUUAGAGACCAUGGCUUCCUUCGACGACUGGAGACCGUCUUUGGCCACAUUGUUACAACCGAUACCGUUCCCAAAAGAAGCUUUAAAGAAUGAAAAGUUUGUGAAGUGCUUGUCAAGCUUGGUAGAGCAGUUCGUCCAAGACAACAGAUGCGAGGUUCACCAAACAAUGUUACCAGUUCGAGAAGGGAAAGAUGGCUGGAUAGAUUUGUUUUGUCCUGGUGGCGUUUGUUGCACAGACGAUGGAGAGUUCUUCUCGCAAAUGGUGGCAAAGAUUAUGAGAUGUUGUGUUAAUAAAAAGAAAUUUUUAUUGAAACUUAAAAAAACGAUGCUUGGACCGUUCAUGUUGUUAUCGCUUCGGGGAGACACGACCUGUAUUGAGGUUUUGGUCAAAAUGUUGGACGUUGAUGUUCUUUCAAACGAAGAGGAAAGACUUCAAAUUAUAUCGACGCUGCAGAGUUCCCUUGAAGGACAAAAGGCUUACGAAGCUCUUUGCGAGAAGAAAGCAAAGUUUCGCGAGAUGCAAAAUCGCGGUGGACCAACUAUGCUUACAUUGCCAACGAAAUCUACAGACGAAGAUUUAGCACGUAUCAUAAAGUCUGGUUCAUUUGGAAAUCUCCGAUCACUUAACCUUUCCUUCACGCACGUCACCAGCGUGUGUGCUGAGUACUUAAUUCAAUUACCAACGUUGAUGCAUCUUAACCUUUGGUCCACUCAUUUUGGUGACACAGGUUUACAAAUGUUAGCCGAACAUCUUCCAAUGCUGGAGUCGCUGAAUCUUUGUGAAACACCCGUGACCGACGCAGGACUUUCCUCACUGGUCAUUCUCACCAGUUUGAAAAACUUGAACUUAAAUAGCACCAAGUUAUCCCCAGUCAUGUACGAGAAAUUAAAAAGUAAACUUCCCGUGUUGGAAGAACUUGAUGUAAGGUACACGGAUGUGUAGAACGUCUCGGAGUGAGUGCGCGUGCGCCGGGCGCACCCUGGUUGUUUCAUUACGUUUACUGGAGCGUACCACUUCAGGUCUACCCCCCCCCAUUGGCUAGAAAAUUUGGCGGGAAAAUAGGAGGAGAAAAUAUUGGUCCUUUAGAAUGAGAAAAUAUGUUAUGUAAAUACCCAACCUGAAAGGUUUAGACAUUGCAUAUAUAAUUUGUAGUAAUUUAAAUUAAUAGUAUGGCUAGUUGAGACAAAUUAUUAUGGCACAGGAAAGAAAUUUACCAUUCGUGUAGGUUAUGAGUAUUAGGGUAUUGAAGUGUACAGGUUAUAGAUGUAUCUAUGUACGGAUGUAAGAGUGUACUUAUAAAAAUAGUAGUAAUGCAGUACAGCUUUAAGCCUGGCUGGAUAAAAUUGUAGUGAAUAGCGCAUGUACCUUAUACGAGCGUCGUUAAAUGCGUGAGUUUUGCCAAAUAGGUUCUCAUAUUUAUCUAUUUUGUACAUAUCCCACCCUAGAUAGGCCGACCAGAGCCCGUUUAAGACGAGAGGGAACGAGUACUCUUCAUUAAAUUCUUUUCUAUUUACUUGUUUGGGGUGCACGGUGGAUUCAAAAGAUUGUGUGUAUUGUGACCACCCAAUAGAUAGACAGUAGCAAGGUUGUUCUAAAUUAGAACGAGAUACUAUGAGGUUCAGAUGUAUUGUGGUUGGUUCCUUGUAGUUUGGUAAAUGUAUGAUGUGAUGUGCAAUAUGACUUUGGUAGUUUUGUGAAUUUUAGAAGCUGUGUGGUAUUCUCUUAGUAUUGCAUACUAAUCAACUAGUGUUCAUCAUGUUAAGCGUGUAUUGUUUAUCUUUGCGGCUGCCAUUGGCUGCCAUUCGUUUAAAAUGGAACUUUCUACUAAUUCUUUUGGCGGCCAUAUUGUUUUUGUGUCAUGUUGCGAUCUGUGACGCAAUACAUACUUACGGGGCCAUCCAGUAUUGAUGGCGGUCAGUCUUGCCGUUAUCGGAGUGCGAAGAUAUUGUAAAUCUUAUUUUAUGUCGAUUCCCAUUUUAUUAUGUGAGUAAUGCUCGUCUUCGAGUUCAAUUUAUAUAAAUGUAGUUGAAUACUCUCACUUCGAUAACUGUGAAUAUUGACCUUCAUCUAUGGUGGGCCUUGUAUUGCUUGCUUGCAUUGAUGCAUUGCUUGCUGAUAACUGACUAUAUAACAUGUUAAGUGGUUUUUCUUCGCUACCAAAUGUACAGUUUAGUUUGUAGAUUUUAAAAUAGAAUCAAUAUAUGUACAGUAGUGUUGUAAUAGAAUGCCAAUACAAUAGUUGCGUAUUUGGGUAAAUGUUUUUAUUUA